AUGCCGCUGCCAAUCUUCGCGCAUCGCCCCUGCCCACAUGCAGACAUCAACGGCUCAUCCAGCGGCCUCGAGGCCGUAGAGCUCAUCGACGUGAAGGCAGAACGCCGUCUGCUGCUCGAGACUCUCCGAGAAUCUGGCCGAAAGCUGGCGUGGCACUCGGAAGUCGCCGACCUUCACGCUUUCCGCAAAGUUUUGUCGUUCGGCUGUCGUGCACUGCACUUCUCGGGGCAUGGCGUCCCUGGUCAAGUGAUCUUCGAGACGCGCAAGGGUGAAGCGCAGUUCGUCUCCCAACAAGAACUACAGGACCUGCUUCUAGCUGGAGGCGCCGAGAGCCGCCGGCCAAGACACAAGCGCGACAAAAAGAUCCGUAAUCGUCAAAACCGACGCCAGAAGAGCUCAGAAUCCAGCGACAGCAGCAGUGAGAACUCCAGCUCAUACAGCAGCAGUGACGACGCCACGUCGGGGCUUGCAAUCCGAAGUCACAGGGUGGAGAGAGGCUGGGUGGCCCUAUCGCCUCCUCCAGUGCAUGCAAAACCUAAAACUCCGUUACAAUUAGUGUUCGUGAGUGCAUGUCACUCCGAGAGUGUAGCUCAGGCCUUCGUAAGCGCCGGAGUUCCCCACGUCGUUGUGGUUUCCAAGGAGGAAAAAGUGUUGGACCGUAAAGCCAUGGAGUUCGCCAAAGCCUUUUAUACGGCGCUAUUUGUAGGCCAUUCAGUGGCAAAAAGCUUCCAGAUUGGACGUGUGCAAGCGGAUAUUGCCGUCGCCAGUAACGCAAGUACAGGGAGACCGUCAGAGUUUAUAUUAUUAGGAGAUGGCGACCAUAACGACGCCCUGUUUCGAGAUGUAGCGGUGGGGGAUUGUGUUGAAACUGAAAUGGGCGGAAGAAGAGGAAGCGGUACUGUAAACGAGUGUGAUACUGUGGCCGAGGUGUUCGUCGGGCGGUCGCUGGAGGUGCAUCAAGUGUAUAAAUCCCUCGUGGAAGGCGCCAGACUGGUGAGUAUUACGGGGGAACGAGGCAUCGGCAAGACUGAAGUGGCCCUGCAAUGUGCGCAGUAUGCCACGGAACGUCGAAUCUUUCGUCACAUAUUUUACUUACGCUUGAGUGCGGGCAAUGAAAGGGAAGAUGACAUGUCUGAGCUGGAGCCGUCAGAAUUAAUAAUUAGGUUUGCCAAGUGUUUGGGUCUUCAAGCAACAACACUCGAUGAACUGGCGGAACAAGCACGCCAACGCUGUGAAGUAGAAAGUCAGGGAGAUGGCAACAGUUUUCUACUGAUUUUGGACGGCUGCAAUCGCGCGCAACGACAGACUCCCAGAUUUUAUACGAUCGUCGCGAUGCUAUUGCGGCGUGUGAAUUCCCUGGCCUUGCUGUUGACGGGUGAUGGCAAAUUCGGUGCCUUGGACGGCGUCGGAGAGAAGAUAAUCUCUGUGGGUCCGCUUCCUGCUGCUGACGCGGCGCUGCUGUUCACUUUUCGUGCGCCUCGGAAGAUUAAGGCGCAUGAAAUGGGCGGAAGUGCCGACUUGGAGGCGUUUGGCGAACACCCAAUCAUCAAGAGCCUACGAGGGCAUCCACGGACGAUCUGUGCGGUCUCACAGUUCCUGGAGAAGAAAGAUAUGGAGCUGGACCAACGAGAGUUUCUAAGCUACAUCAUCCCGUCCGUGAACACUGGACUUUGUAUGGGCAAAAUCGACGCCACACGUCCGGAUUGUGGACUGGAAUCACAUCAACGAAAUGAGCAGGAAACGCUGCGUCUAGUGAAGGCGACGUCGAUGGAUGGAUGCUCCUCAAAUCCUCAUAAAUAUUACAAACAUAGUCAUGCUCCGUGUAUUCUAGAGGAGGUGGAAUACCAACAUCGACCGAGGGCCCAGGAGACACAAAUACGUCGGAUGAAGCCCGUGGCUUCUCGGUCUGAUGUCUUCACAGCCAAAUCCUCUCUAUUAUCCAGUGGAAGCAGUGAUGGACAAGGGACAGACUCUCCGCCAUUGGAAACGCACCCACUGGUCUCGACCAGAAGCGAGCCGAGCUUAACUGGGUCCAUUGCAUCGCCAACAACGUCGCUUCAACAACUCUGUCUCCUCAAGGUGGCAGACCACGUGAGGCCGAUUAUUCAGAGUGAAGGAGGCAGUUUAGUAUGGGCACGAGCUGUGGUUCUCAACGCUUCUCUUCCUGAUUGUCGAAACCCUGGAGGCGGCUUGAAAGACGGCUAUUCGGCUGCGGCGGUACGUCAAUUACAGGAACUGAAGGAAGCUCCGAUGGACUGGAUCGCACCGCAAGUGAGCUGUUUCUUCGCCACCAAGCUCAAAGCAGAUGCGGCCAAGCGACCAUUAUCCUCGCGCAGUAUCGAUUUUCUUAGCAAAAGUUCACUUGUCUGGGGUCGUGACUGCGCUGCCCCGGCUCAACGCGGUGGAGCGGUGAGUCUUCGUAUGUUUUCGGCCUUCUGGGCGUGGUUUCGACCGCUUGUCGACUGUAUCUUGUACUCCACUCUGUGGCCGCAUACGGAGCCACGUCUGCUUCAUGGAUUUCUGUCCAAAGGCGCGUGUGUUAGUAUGCUGGAGCGUGCACCACCGGGCACUUUUCUGUUGCGCUUCAGCGAGACUCGUGUACGCUGUCUUGUGAUUGCGUACGUACGCGACGACCAGUACGUGCAGUUUGUGCCGAUAACGUGGCUGCCAGAACGUGGCGGGUGGUUUGUUGCACUUGAAGAUGAUAAUUCUGGUGCUGCCAACAACGGCGUGACCUUCCCGACGAUUCAGGAAUUAAUCCUCAGUGUCAACGUGCUAAAGUUUCUAUUUCCUCACUCACCCAAAGAAGCAGCCUUCACACUGCAAGGCAGAAAGAUGAAGACUGUAUGA